AUGGCCAGACAUGGUUCCCUGUUCUUCUUCCUUGCCUUGUUUCUGCAGCACCUUCACACCAGCGUCGGCUUAGCCAUAAAAAUCUUACCAACACCAGUGGAACAAUGGCAGCCCAUGCAAUGCGAUGCUGCAUCCUUCAACCCUUCGUGCAGCUCAUACCUUUAUGUGACUCCUGGAGGGCGCAGCCUGUCCCAGAUAGCAUCCGACUUUAAUGGGACAGCAUCUCUCACCCAGCCCAUCAGACGGCUCUCUGGCUCGGAGGACUUACUGGUGCGUGUGCCGUGCAUGUGUGAGGCAAUCAAUACCACCAUGAAUGGUCUCUUCCAUGAUACUGAAUAUAAGGGUCCAAAUGACACGUCCGCCAACAUCAACAGUGGCUACUUCAGUGGGCUUGCGUGGAACCUUCCUCCUAUGGAAAAUAAGACAAUCGUGGUUCACCUGCUAUGUGGGUGUUCCUCCACGGCGCCGGAGGGGGUGCUGUCUUACACGGUCCAGUCUGGAGAUACCCUGGGCAACAUCGCAACCUUGUUCAGAUCAGGUUCGAGGGAGAUACUAAGCUUGAAUCCAGGGGUCACAAAUCCUGAUUUUCUCAACCCAGGUUGGAUCUUGUUUGUUCCGAUGGGAGUUGCUGGUUCUUCUAAAAAAAACAUCGAUCCCUUCCAAACAGAGAGGCCCGUUAUUUUCAGCUUGAAAGAGGUUGGAGAUGCUACAACUAAUUUUGAUGAGAAGAGGAAGAUCGGCGAGGGAGGAUAUGGCAUGGUCUACCUAGGUUUUAUUGGUACACAUGAGAUUGCAGUUAAGAAGAUGAAAGCUAGCAAAUCAAAGGAGUUCUUUGCUGAGCUGAAAGUGCUGUGCAAAGUACAUCACAUAAAUGUGGUUGAGUUGAUUGGUUAUGCUGCUGGGGAGGAUCACCUGUACCUUGUUUACGAGUAUGUCCAGAAUGGAUCACUCAGUGAGCAUCUACAUGAUCCUAUGCUAAAAGCUGACGAAGCUUCACAUGUAGUAGUAACACCAAGCAUCAACCUUGCAGUUCUUGCAGAGCUCAUUACUGGCCUCCGUGCACUUGUGCGGGACAAUAAGGAAGCCAAUAAGACCAAGUCACUUGUCACAAUCAUGAGGAAAGCUUUCAAAACAGAAUAUCUAGAGAGCUCACUGGAGAAAACCAUAGAUCCCUCCUUGAAGGACAACUACCCCAUAGAAGAAGUGUGUAAGCUUACAAAAAUUUCGAUGCGGUGCUUGAGCGAGGACCCACUGGACCGGCCUGACAUGAGGGAGAUUAUGUCACUGCUGUCUCAAAUUCAUUUUGCCUCCAUAGAGUGGGAGGCGUCACUUGGAGGUGAUGCGGAAGUCUUUAGUGGUGUUUUCAAUGGCAGAUGAUCACACGUCAUGUAUGA